CAGGUUCCUUCUCAGGAGAAAUCUAAGCUUAUCAGCGAGACCCGGAGGAGGUUUGAAGCCGAAUAUUUGGCAGAUAAAUCAGAUAAAUAUGAUUCCCGAGAUGUGGAAAAACUACAGCAGGAUGAUACUUUGGUUGAAAGUUAUUUGUGUUGGCGACACGAUGUGGUAGAUGAAACACUGAAGAUGAUUGAUGAAAGUUUUCAGUGGAGGAAAGAAUUUACUGUCCAUGACCUAAGUGAAUCCAAUCUUCCUAAAUGGCUAUUUGAGGUUGGUGCUGUGUAUCUACAUGGCUAUGACAAAGAGGGCAACAAAUUAUUCUGGUUUAGAGUGAAGUGUCACACAAAAGACAAUAAAACCAUUUUGGACAAAAAGAGGCUUGUAGCCUUCUGGUUAGAACGUUAUGCCAAAAGAGAGAAUGGAAAACCUUUAACAGUCAUGUUUGACAUGUCAGAAACUGGACUGAGUAAUAUAGACAUGGAAAUUGUUCGGUACAUCAUCAACUGCUUUAAGGUUUAUUAUCCUAAAUACCUCACAAAAAUUGUGGUCUUUGAUAUGCCAUGGAUAAUGAAUGCUGCUUUUAAAAUUGUGAAAAGCUGGCUUGGUCCAGAAGCAGUGAACAUGUUGAAGUUUACUGGUAAAAAUGAAGUGCAGGAGUACGUCAGCAUAGAAUACUUGCCCCCACACAUGGGUGGAACUGAUCCUUUCAAGUAUAGCUAUCCACCACUAGUAGAUGAUGAUUUUCAAACCCCUCUGUGUGAAAAUGGACCUAUUACUAGUGAGGAUGAAACUGAAAGUAAAGAAGAUAUAGAAACAGAUAAUAAAGAAACCGGGGAAGCAAAUUCCAAUGAAGAACAAUUUGCUGUUCCCAGAAAGAUUAACUCAUUAGAGCAAAUUCCCAAAACAGAAGAGUCUGAUAAAGUGGAUUCAAAGAUAAAAACUUUAAAGAAAUCAUUAAGCAUGUUCAAAGGAGCGCUAUUGAACAUCAGCCCUGCUGAAGAACUUUAUUUUGGAUCCAAAGAAAUUGGAGAGAAGAAAUGCUUAAUAAUGCUCACAAAUGUAACAAAAAACACAGUUGCAUUUAAGGUGAGAACAACAGCUCCCGACAAAUAUAGAGUUAAACCAAGUAAUAGUUGCUGUGAACCUGGUUCCUCAUUAGAUAUAGUGGUGUCUCUUCAUGGGGAUUUCACAGUUUCUCCUCAAGAUCGUUUUCUAAUAAUGGCUGCAGAAAUGGAAUUACCUAUUGGUACAGGGGCAACAGAACUGACACAAUUCUGGAAGGAUAUACCCAGAAACAAGAUAAUGGAACAUAGGUUAAGAUGCCACGUUGAUAGCAGUAAACCAUCUUCUCUUACAUUAAAAGAAAAUUCUUUUAACAUUCCAUCCAAAAGCAGUGAGGAUUUACAUUUACAAUUUAUGAAUUCCAGAAGUGAAAAUGACUGCUCUCCACCCUACUAAGUACUUUUGAUUUUUAUCAAUGUAUGUGCAAAGUGGGUUUUUUUUUAUGUAUGCUACAUUAUUGAUUUUAAAUAACCAAGUCCCAGUUGUGUGUAUUUUGUUCUUGCAAAGUUAAGAAAUCAAUUGCUCAUAUUUGAAAAUGAUUUGUCCUAACAGUGUCCCUUUAAUGUUUCAAGAUGCAGUAAUGUUGACUGUUCUUGCUUGAAGUUUGAUCAGUCUUUCAUUAUUGGCUUCAGUAGUAUAAAAGUGUUAACGUUGAUGUGGUGAUUAAUUGUAAGUGAGCAGAAUUAAUGAAAAUGUUUUAUAAAAAUCAAAAGCUUCAAUACACUCACCUUUCAUACUUAAUCUUACAGAUCUAUGCGUGUUUGAUUUCAUCUGAUCUCCAAGUGUCUUAUGUGUGCUGGCAUUGUUUUUUGGUUCUAUAUAACUUGUUUUCUAAGUGCUUUUAUAUUCAAAAUUGUCAUCAAUUGUUCAUGAACAGAUUAUUGAGGUCCAACACUUAAAUGUUUUAAUCAAAAGUUUUCAUUUUGGAAACUAAAAAACAUUUAUCAUGGAGUUGAUUAGCAAGUAGCCUAGAAUUGUGGUAACUGAUGAACCUAGCCUCAAUUUCAUAAUACAAUAACUUUUAAAAAAUUUGCCACUAAUUUUGACUGGAUUUAAUAGCACUUUAUUGUACAAUUGCAAGAAAUAUAUUCUUAGAAUUGUUGCCAGUGUAAUUAUUCUAAUGUUCUGGUGCUUUCAUAUAUUUUCAGUAUUUUUAUUACUAUAUUGGUAUUUUCUUUGUACAAUUGAUCAGAAGAACAUGUUUUCUAUUUUAAUAUGUUUUAGAGGAAUAACUACA